CUUGAAUUUAGUGAAAAUUGCAGUUGACUAAACAAACACAGAACAACCAAGACAUGAGCGGCUCUAACUCUCGGAACGAGACGGCAGCCACAGUUAAAGGACCGGACACCGAUAUGGGGCUGGCUGCAAAUUCCAGGGAGCGAAAGUCCGGUGGAGAUGUGAUGAAGAGACUCAAGUCGCGACGAAAUCAAACGGAUAAACAGCGGCCUGUUGUUACAGAAGAUGAGCUCAGGGCGCUAGGAAGAGACAUCACACCAGAUGAAAUCCUUGGUCUGUGUGCUGUUACACGGGAUUAUCUAUGUAAACCUGAGGACAAUGUCUACAAUAUUGACUUCACACGUUUCAAGAUCAGAGAUCUGGAGACUGGGACAGUGCUCUUCGAGAUUGCUAAACCUCACAACUGUGACCCUGAAGAUGAGGAGAAUGGAGAUGGAGACACCAGUUCUGGGCGCUUUGUGCGCUAUCAGUUCACGCCAGCCUUCCUCAGACUGCGGAAUGUUGGUGCAACUGUGGAGUUCACCGUGGGGGACCGGCCUGUUAACAGCUUUCGCAUGAUAGAGAGGCAUUAUUUCCAGAAUAAAGUUCUCAAGAACUUUGACUUUGACUUCGGAUUCUGCAUCCCAAACAGCCGGAACACUUGCGAACACAUCUAUGAGUUUCCCCAGCUCCAUGAGGACCUCAUUGGCCUAAUGGUGGAGCACCCGUAUGAGACCAGGUCAGACAGCUUCUAUUUUGUGGACAACAAACUGAUCAUGCACAAUAAGGCAGACUACGCCUACGAUGGGGGCCAGUAGUAUCUGAAGAUUAGCUUCUUGUGUGCAAUGCAACGCAGGGGUCACAUUGCCCCUGAAUACAAUCAUCAUGUAGCUCUUUUGGGAACAGGAGUGUACUUUCUCCACUUCAGACAUUCCAACAAACUAUACCAGCCCCAGGUUUGGAGAAAAGGGACCAUAUCUACCUUCCAAACAGGUUGCUUCAUUUAUUUGAUACCUCGUACCCAUCUAUUGCUUGGACUCAUAGGAAUCUCUUGUCAAUCACUCUUUUGUAAUGUUGAACAUGUUUUCAUUUGUCUUUUCUAAUGUUUCCACAUUUAAAUGGUUACUUUACUGCUUAUUUCAAUCUGCUUUGAGUUCAGUAUUUGUUGCAAUAUCCUUGUUUUUGAGUUGUUUUGUGUUUAGUCAACUGUUACCAGACAGCUCUACAGAGGGAUAAGGGAACAUUACAUGAUCCCAAUCUGAAUGUUAAAUACCGGUCAUUUGUAGCCCGUAAGAUGAACAAUGAUUGAAGUUGACAGAUGGCACAAUUGGAUUGCAAGCAAAUUACUACAACUGUGAUACUACCUAAUUUCAUUGAACAAUAGUUUGGUUCUGGUCAUCAAUUUUUAACUACACAUUCUGCUCAAGUCGCAAUCGUGAUCCUUUGCUAUGUCUUCAUUCCUCAUAUAGUGGGCUAAACUGUAUAUUCAGCUUUGAGACUAACAGAUGCUCCAUGAAUUUGACAUCUUGCCUUGAUGUAGAAGCUGUAUUAUUCGUAUUGAGUGUCCCAUGUCACCCCUCUAGCUAUAUACACAGAGCAUAAAACAUUAUGAAAACCUGCUCUUUCCAUGACUGACUGACCAGGUAAAAGCUAUGAUCCCUUAU